CCCCCCCUUCGCUCCCUCUGCACGUCGGUGUGCGGCGGCGCGUACUAUCUGGCGUAGGGAUGCGUGUUUAUUCUCCGCUUACCUGCCAGGAGGUAAGAUAGAGGUUGGGCAGGGCAUGUGUGGGAUAGGUAUAUGGCGUCUUUUUCCUUCUUCUUCUCGUCUUCGUCUCCCCCCCCUGGCUCGGCGGCAUCCGAUUCCACAGAUGGGCAAGUGUUGUUGUUGUUGUUGUACCGUGCCGCAUCGUGUGGCGUCGUGGGUUUAUCUAUGGGUGUUUUCUUUUCGUGUUCUCGCAAUAAUCCUCGCUCAUCACUCGAUAAUCGACAGCGCCACGCCACGCUCGUCCCUCUAUCUCCUCGUCCUCUCCUCUCCCCCCCCUUCCCGUCACCACCACUAAAAUCCUCCAAUCCCUCCGACCCAGACCCUCUCUUCAGCUCAGCUCCCCACCAGAGUACCCGAGCUCCCCAAGCUAACCCGUCUAACUCUUAUCUACCUAUUUAUACGCGCCCCUGUCUCUCGCUCGCCGACCGCCAUCUAUCUCUCGGCCCCUCUGCCUUAGCUUCGCGUCGCUUCGGCAGGGCGCAGCCGUUAGCCGCAGCCGCACCUCGCUACCGUCGUAGCGACUGGCUUCCUCUCUCCGUGUCUUUCUAUCUCUCUCUCUCUCUCUCUCUCUUUCUCUCUCUCUCUUUAUCUCUCUCUCUCUCUCUCUCUCUCCUCUAUCCCUCUCUCUAUGCAUCCCGCUCUUCUACGCAUACGCGCCCAUGCUAAGUCGGAUGGUGGUGCCGUGCUGACCAGCAGGGCGGUUGUGCGAAGCGAUAUGUCGGGAGGGAGCUGAGCUGCAGACGAGGCAGGAUGGCGCCCAAGCAUGCGUCUGCCCGCCGACGACGCCGAGGGCAGAACCAACGCCUACCCACCCGAUGUAUUGGGCAGAUGCAGAUGCGGAUAGAUAUGUAAGUGUGCAAUAUGCAAGAUGGGUGACCGGACGGACGGACGCCUCGAGCUGACCUGUCUGUCCCCA